UCAACGUUUUAAUCGUUUCUUGUAAUCAGAGAUAGAAGAUUAUGCCACCGAAAAGAAAAAAAGAUGUCAAAAAAAUAUCCAUCGAACCGCCACCAACAAUCGAGCCGGAUAUGCUGGAAGUGAUCGAACCGGAAGAACCAUCGAAGCCACUAAUAUCAGCAGUCACUGGACAACCAUUCGGUCCUCGAGUCCGUUACAUCAGCGAAAAACAGGAGGAAGAAAGUACAGAUGACGAACCUGAAUCAGAAAGUGACGAUGAAGUAAGAUACGUGCAGGAUGAAGCUCCGGAAGUGCCAUCAGAGUUUUGGCACAUACAGAAGCUUAUCAGAUACAUGAAAGCGGGUAAUCAAACCGCAACUAUGGUGGCUGUCUGUCUUUUAAAAGAUUACGAUCUGACCAAUAGGAUUAUACAAAAGGCGAUUCGAGAGAUGGGAGGUCUGGAGAUUCUGGUGAAUCUACUCGAAACGAGAAAUUUAAAGUGCCAGAAUGGCUCCCUGUCGGUUUUACUUCAAAUCGUGUCAUCUACAGAAAUGCGACGGCACCUAAUCGAUCUUGGUAUUGUAACACCGUUGAUUCAAAUGUUAAAGCAUCCAGCUAGAGACAUUCAAGUUUUAGCUGCAGAAACUAUGGCUAUUGUUGCACGAAUUAGGAAAGCAAGGAAACAAAUACGUAUUCGAGGCGGCAUACCUCUCAUUUUAGAUGUGAUGGACGUACCAGAUUCUAUUCUUCGAACAUCGUACAAUGAGUUGAACGAAACCAACAAGGAAUUAGUUGCGGUUGCCAUAGGCUGUGCAAAAGUUUUAGAUUCUCUGAGCAGUAGUCCGAAAGUAAGAGACGUACUUCACAAGUUUGGUGUGGUGAAGCUCAUGGGACGUUUCCUGAAAUCACAUCACACUUCUCUUGUAGUACCGAUGAUGGGAGCUGUUCAACAAUGUGCAAUUAAGAAUGUAUUUCGCAAAGCGUUCGAGACCACAGAUAUUAUCUGUGACGUUGUACGACACCUGCAAAGUGACAAUAUUAAAUUGAAAGAAAAUUGCGCUCUGGCGAUAUUCAAAUGUGGAACAAACAAAAUCGCCAGGGACAUGGUUCGCCAGACAUCUGGCCUCGAUAUAUUGUGCAAGCUUUUACAAUGCGAAGAAGUCCGGGCUAAUAAACAAUUGUUAGCUGCAGUCACAGGCGGAAUAUGGAAAUGCGCCAUAAGUCCAGAGAACGUAAUAAGAUUCAAUCAAAAUGGUUUGGUCGCUGCUUUAGUGCCAUUUUUAGAAGAACACGAGGAUGAUGAAGUGCAGGCACAUGUUGUAGGAGCACUAGCGGAAUGUUGCAAAGAUCCUGCUAACAGAGACGUUCUGAGGAUCAACGAUGGUCUGCCAAAUCUGAUCAAAUUAUUAAGCUCCACGUACGAGCCUUUAUUGGAGAACAUACCAUUGGUGAUAAAGGAGUGUGCACAGAAUGAACAAUGCAUGGACAUCAUCAACGAUCCAGAGCACAUCAAUGAUGGUGUUCGAUUGGUCUGGUCAUUGCUGAAACAUCCUAGUGACAUAAUCAAAAGAAACUCCUGCCUCGCAUUGGUAUCUUGUAUCAAAUAUGCCAAAGACUCUCCGGAAAUGGUACGGGCAUUUGUAGGUGGAUUGGAGCUUACAGUCAGUCUUCUUGAAAGUACCAAUACUGAAGUACUGAGCGCAGUAUGUGCCACUAUUGCCGGAAUCGCUACGGACCCGGAAAACUUGGGUAUUCUCAGCGAUCAUGGAGUAGUGGAGAAACUGGCGAAUCUUGUGACCACGGAAAAUGAAGAUUUGCGUGCAAAUUUAACAUUAGCCAUAGCUCAUUGCUGCGAAUGGGGGGAGAAUAAUGCUAAAUUUGGUCGAUUGCACGCGGUUGCUCCAUUAAUUCAUUACAUGACUAGCAAAAAUACAAGUGUUCUUAGGGGAGUUUGCAUAGCCGCGUAUCAUUUGAGUAAGGAGCCCAUGAACUGCAUCACCAUGCACUCUGCCGGUGUUAUAAAGCAUGUGCUACGUUUGGUGGGAUCAAAUGACCCGGAAGUGCAAAUCGCCGCCGCCUGCACUAUUCGAAAUAUUAGGAAACUUGCACUAACAGCAGAAAAAUUACACUUCAAAGAGAUAAGUACACUAGAAGAAACAGAUUAUCAUUUGUAACAUAUCAGCGCUGCAAAUCCUGUACAAAAACCAAGUGCUCAUUUAAAGAAUAUGAAAUAAAACAUAUCAUCUUUAUUCAAUUGACCUAAAACGCAUUUAUUAAGAUUUUAUCGAUCAAUAAUAAAUCUAUAUACUUAAAUAUAA